AUGUCGAUCCUAUCCCCAGGUUCGAGAUGUCAUCUAUGCUCCCUAGUCGACUUCCUCCCUUUCACUUGUCCGACAUGCAAUCAGGUAUAUUGUCAACAACAUAUUUCAUCGAGUUUACAUACCUGUACUCAACAACAGCUGGACCAAAGUACUUCUAUUGCCAGACCUGGGAAGUUAGAUAGGGGAAAGACGACGUGCGAAGUGAAGGGAUGCGAGAGGGAGAGUAUAGAGUCGAUUGGAGGGUUUGUCGCGGAGGGAGAAGGUGAAAAAAUAGCGAGGGAAAUCAGAUGUAGAGGAUGUGGUGGGGCUUACUGCGUCGAACAUAGAUCCCAAUCUACUCAUUCAUGUACUGCCCCCCUUGAUCAUAAUGUUCGCCACGACGCGUUCCUCGAACGAAGAGAUAAAGCUAGAGAGGUUAUAUCUCAGCGGUUCCCCGAAUUCAAGGAUAGAGUUAUACCGAAACCGCCUCCUGGGAAAGAUGUAGUGAAAACUCAGAGUGUACAAACACAGACACAGCGUAAAGAAGAUAACAAAAUUGCAGAACUUUCAAAGUCUAGUUCUGGUUCUGGUUCUGGUAAGGGUAUAUCUCAAGAUAAUGCAGCGGUCGAUCAACCCAAACCAAAGAUCAAAAGUAAAGCAGAUAAAUUAUGGGAUAUCCACUUGAAGAAAAUCCGUAUGACAUCCGAACCACUCCUUAAAUCAGCUAGAAAUGAUAGUAUGAAGGAGAGAGUGUAUUUCGAAUGGACGAUGGAUCUAACGCAGAUUCAGCAAAAUGUGAAGAAAUGGAAGGAAAGUGGGAAAUGGUCGGGAGGGAAAUUGGAAAGAGGUUGGGUUGAAUGUGAUAUGCCGAUCGGGAAGAUGCUGGAUCUUAUCAUAGAUCAAGGAAAAGUCAAGAGAUCCGAAGAUCAGAGUCAGUCAUUACACCUCUUAUCACUCUAUCCGGCUCCAGACGAAGAACGUCAGAUCAUACAAUUAGAACUCUCCAAACCCGCUAAGAUAAUACCUCAAUGUAGUUUGGUGGUGCUCGUACGUGGGACAUGGAACCAGGGUAUAUGA